AUGGGAUGGUCAACGGACAGUGACGAAGGGGACGAAGAGAAUGAUGAAUGUGAAGUUGAGAAGAUGACUCGCUCUGUGAUUGAGCAUGGACGUCACGGUGCGAGACGGAAGCGAAGAACACGCAAGGAGUGGUUUACAAGGAGUCUUAUUUUUGCUAACGGUAACGACACUGUGUGGGUCUGCAUCUAUAAUAGACAUUUCAAUCAGUACCGCAGUUAG